GUACCUAAUAAAGUAUGUCAAAAUUACCUGAAUAACUAUCGAUAUUAAGUUAAAGACAUUUUGUAUUAGAAAGAAGAGUCAAAUGAAAUGACAGUGACAGUGACACAAAUGUCUAUUUUUAGGUUAAAUCGAUUGAAAUCCAGAAAAUUUUCAACUGAGCUUUUAAAAUUCGUUCCCAAAUAUAGUGCGGUAUCAGAAGAUGAUAUAAAAGCUUUAAGAAAUUUUAUAGACAGUUCUAAAAAACUGCUAGUCCUUACUGGAGCUGGCAUAUCAACAGAAUCAGGCAUACCAGAUUAUCGUUCUGAAGAUGUUGGUUUAUAUGCAAGAACAAAUCACAAGCCUAUUCAGUACCAAGAGUUUUUAAAAAAUGCUGCUUCUAGGAAAAGGUAUUGGGCCAGAAACUUCGUGGGAUGGGAUACUUUUUCACAGAGACAACCAAAUGUUAUUCAUUAUUCAAUUAGAAACCUGGAACAUGAUUUGAAGAAGGUAUCUACUGUUGUUACCCAGAAUGUAGACAACUUACAUUACAAAGCUGGAAGUGAAAAAGUGAUAGAAUUGCAUGGAAGUGGUUAUAGAGUAAUAUGUUUGGGCUGUAAAGCCAACUAUGACAGACAUGACAUCCAACGAGAAUUAAGGAAACUAAAUCCACAUAUGCCAGAGACUACAACUAUGAUUAGGCCAGAUGGAGACGUUGAAAUUCCACAGGAAGCCAUUGACACCUUUAAACAACUAUUCUGUGUCAACUGUAAAGGGAUUUUAAAACCGGACAUUGUUUUUUUUGGAGACAAUGUUCCUCUAGAAAGGGUAACAGCAGUAAAAGAAGCUGUCACUAAUAGCGAUUCUUUGUUAGUCUUAGGAACUAGCUUGACAGUAUUUUCAAGUUACAGGAUAGUUUUACAGGCUGUCGAAGAAAAGAAAAAGAUAGCACUUGUUAAUAUUGGUCAAACGCGGGGUGAUCACUUGGUGAAUUUAAAAAUUUCUGGUAGAUGUGGUGAAAUUUUACCAAUAGUCUGCUGACAACUGUUUAACCUUCCGAUGACCAACCUUUUUUUGUUACACGGAUGACCAACGGGGGUAAAAAAUGACCCCAGGUCAAAAAUGACCUGGAAUGAAUGUUUUCAGCAUUUAAAUCUUCAUCUAACAAUACAUCCUCGUUUUCUGAUACUAUUUCAUCUUCUAUAUUAUCAUAAAAAUCGGUAGCAGUAACAAUUUCCUGUAACUCAGACCUCAGUAAGAUAUUUGCGGGCCAUAUCUUAUAUGUACACAAAAUACUAAGAAACUAUAGUAAUAUACGCCAGGAAAUAAUAAUAAUGACUAACUGUAGCAGACAGGAAUGUCAUGAUUCGUACAUAACAGGCACCACAGUCUAAAAAUAGAUUUUGAUAACUCGCAGUGUAAAACUACUCGGAAUUCCACAUAAUAGACGGUAUUUUACUAAACAUCAACUUCAAAAUAUAUUUUUUAUUCGUAAAAUAUAGGGAAUUUUUUUUAUUUCAAAAUAUGAGGAUAUCUAGAAUGAUAUUAAAGUCAAAUAAAAAAUAAUGAGUUAAAAAUUGAAAAUUCUUUUGAAUUUAUUAAAAAAACAUACGCGGGGGUCCAAAUUUACCCCCCUUGGUCAUCCGAAGGUUAAAGAACGUUAGAAACUUGUACAGUAAUUGUUAAUAUGUAAUAUAUGUUACCUGUUA